AUGUCGGCCUUCCAUGGCAGCUCCGCCAUCAACAAGAGCAGCAAAAAGUUCGCACCCAAGGUCGCAAGACGCCGUCCCGCCGCCGUCUCCGGAUCCGAAGCCGCCUCCGCCACUUCGAGCGCUGAUCAAACGCCUGUUGGCACACCCGCUGCCUCCGACGCGCCCGCAAAUGAGCCUGUCCAGUCCGAACUCCAGAAUGUUUUGCCUACUCCGCCCUCCACCCAACCCCCCUCACAAGCUCAACGUACGCCGGCUGCUGUGGUCGAGCAAUCUGCUCCGCAUGUCGUCCAGUCAGCCUCGAUAGUUUCCGCAACAGUGUCGCACAAUGAUGAGCUGGAGGCCGGAGGAAGGUCGCCUAAGCGUAGGAGGAUCGAAGUACCCACAUCAGCGCCAGAAGCGUCUACUGGAGACAUUGAAUCAGCACCGCCCGCACUGCCUGGUACCCCUGCUCCAUCGGGGACGACAGCCCAUCCUUCAGGCCAGGCAGCUGAGGGCGAUGUACGGGGAGCCAGUGCCGAAGCAUCGCAAGGGACAGCCGGCGAUGCCCAGGAUUCGUCAGCACAAGCUUUAGUGACGGAACCAGUGGCUCCAGCUAGAGGUCAGAGCAGUGCAGUCAGCCCGCCCCCCCAAGAUAGCUCUGAAAGCGCGUCUGCUGGUAAUGAGCCCAAAUCUACGAAGGUCACACAACCAAAGGCUGUGAAGAGGCGUGGAGCGGCCCGGCUCUCUAAUCGGGAUCUUAUCAAGGAGGUUAUGGGGAAAAAUUCCGGAAUGACCAAACCGUCAAGACUAGCGUCCACAACGGAAGAAAGUCCAGCUCAUAGGGAAGACCGGCCCAAUGCGAAUCCAGGCAACAAUCAGCACCAGGAAGAGCCAGCUCCUCCGGCUGAUGAUAUCACACAGUCUGUAGACGAAGGGUCCGCCGCAACCCGUGCCUCCAAGCGGACACCAAUUGUCGCGGCAUCAAGGAGGAGAAAGCAACAAGCAGAUGCCCCUGCAGGGAACGAGCAACAUGUCGUCGAACAGGAAGCAGAAGCAGAAGAAGCGCAGAUAGCCAGUAGCUCCGCACAGACCACAGCUGCGAAGAAACCACGCCAACCUCGUCCUAAGAAACGCACAUCGGCGGAGACACAUAACACUGAGGACGGGCCAAAUGGAAACGAGGAGGCACCUAAGCCAAAACGCGCUAGGAGAAAGCCCAAGAUUCCGGUUCGUAUCUCCGAAGCGGAUAGUGGAGCCGAAGGAACAGAAGCAGGAACCACAGGAGGCCCAGCAGAAGAACAGGGUGUCGCGGCACGAAAGCGACCUAAAAGUGUGUUGGACCAUCUUGUGUUCGAUGAAGAAGAUCACGAGAAUCCCGAGAAGACAAGAAUCAACGCCAGCUCCAUGCCCAUGGGUGUGCUCACGAGAGACAUUUCUCUAGUCGGUACCAUCUCACAGCGAGAGGAAGCACUUUCGAGGGUGGAUUGGGACGAAGAGAAGCGCAAACGAAUGGAAGAGCGUGAGCGCAUCGCCAUGGGAGAAGAACAGGCUCGAACACAAGCAGAGCGGUAUGAGGCUCUUGCAAGGCUUCAGGAGGCGGCCAACACUUCGGGCACUUCUGUGCAAGCUCCGCAGAUGCGCGUUGUGAACGGCGUCGUGAUGCUUGACCACACGUCUACUACGGUAGAUCGGAAUGCUCGAGCGCGCGAGGAUGCAGAAGAACUCCAGGAAGUCGAAGAAGAUGAGCUUACGACUCGAGUCAACCAAAUGUCUUGGAUCAAGGCCAAUCGCAAGGAUCCGCGUGAGAGGACAAGCUGGGGCCCAACUCGUGCAGACCGAUGGUCGGACGAGCAAACCGAUAUGUUCUACGACGCACUGAAAAUGUUUGGCACCGACUUCUUCAUCAUCAGCAAAAUGUUCCCCGGAAAGACGCGCGCGAACGUGAAACGCAAGUUUGUCAAGGAAGAACGGCUGGAUCCUGAGCGCAUCAAGCGCGUUCUGAUCGGCGAGAGCGUCCCGAUGGACUUUGAGGAGUACAAGAGGAAGACGGGCAAGGACGACACUUUCUUCCGCGACCCUGAACAGUUGCGUCAAGAGCUGGCGCAGGAGACUGAACAACAGAGGCAGGAAGUCGAGGAAGCGCAGGCAAGGUAUGCCGAGCAGCAGAGGCAGCGCAAGCUGGCCAAGCAAGGCGGUGCCGACGUCGAUGGCGAAGAGGGCGAGGGGCCUAAGAAAGGAAAGAAGAAGAAGGGUGAGGGCAGGAAGGGCAAGAAGAGCAAGGCGCCAAUCGGUGGUGAGGAAGUCGAAGUGGUUGAGUUUGAGGGUGACGAGCUUGAGCACCGAAGAUGA